AAAAAUGGACAUUAAAUGUCCAUCAAAUGUUGCUGCUGCCGUUGUGGCUGAGGAAAAUCUACCCACCUCUGAAAUGGAUCUCUUAGCAAAAUUGGAAGCUGCCAAUAAAUUAAUUGAAAGUGAUGCCAAGUCAUUGAAUUCGUUGCAUUCAACGCAUAGUCGCAAAAAUUCCGAUACCAGUCAAAUAAGUAUUACAAGUCAGAAUGGCAAUUCGGUGGCCGAGGAAGACAUUUGGACCACAUGGGCCACAAUUCUAAACGAUUGGGAUGGUGCAUUGAAACGUAAAAAUCCAUGUGUUCGUGAAUUGGUGCGACGGGGUAUACCGCAUCAUUUUAGAGCCAUUGUUUGGCAACAGUUGUGCGGUGCCAGUGAUGCCGAUAAAAAACAAUAUGCCGAAUACAUAAAGGCCACAUCGGCUUGUGAGAAAGUGAUACGACGUGAUAUUGCACGUACCUAUCCUGAAGUUGAUUUUUUCAAAGAAAAAGAUGGACCCGGCCAAGAGGCUCUGUUUAAUGUUAUCAAAGCCUACUCCUUGCACGAUCGUGAAGUUGGUUAUUGUCAAGGUUCAGGUUUCAUUGUUGGUCUACUAUUGAUGCAUAUGCCCGAAGAGGAAGCGUUUGCCGUUCUGGUACAAAUAAUGCAACAACAUCGCAUGCGUGACAUGUUUAAACCCUCAAUGUCAGAGCUGGGUUUGUGCAUGUAUCAAUUGGAGAAUUUGGUACAGGAACAAAUACCCGAAAUGCAUAUACACUUCCAGCAACAGGGAUUCCAAACCACCAUGUAUGCUUCCAGUUGGUUCCUUACAUUGUAUACCACAUCAUUAAGUUUAAAUAUAAGCAGUCUUAUUAUGGAUGUAUUCCUUAGCGAAGGCAUGGAAUUCAUUUUCAAAGUUGCCUUGGCCUUAUUGUUGCUGGGCAAGGAUACUCUGUUGUCAUUGGAUAUGGAGGCUAUGUUAAAGUAUUUCCAAAAAGAACUUCCCAAAAAAGUUGAGGCCGAUCCCGAUGCAUUCUUCCAACUGGCCUAUUCCAUAAAAAUCAAUACCAAACGUAUGAAAAAAAUGGAAAAAGAAUAUCAAGAUGUAAAGAAAAAAGAACAAGAAGAAAUGGUCGAAUUGAGACGUCUACGAAGAGAAAAUCGUUUGCUUAAACAACGUAAUGAUCUUUUAGAGGCUGAGUCGGCUGAAUUGGCCGAUCGUUUGGUUAGGGGCCAGGUAUCAAGGGCCGAGGAGGAAGAAACAAGCUUUGCUAUCCAAACCGAGCUAAUGCAGUUGCGUCGCUCUUAUUUGGAAAUCUCUCAUCAAUUGGAAAAUGCCAACGAAGAAGUUCGUGGUUUAAGUUUACGUUUACAGGAAAAUAAUAAUUCCCGCCAGUCAUCACUCGAUGAGCUGUGCAUGAAAGAAGAAGCUCUCAAGCAACGUGACGAAAUGGUCUCAUGUCUUCUCGAAGAAUUGGUUAAGGUACGACAGAGUCUAGCCGAAAGUGAAGAUCAAAUUCGUAACCUCAAAGCCAAAGUCGAAGAGUUGGAAGAAGAUAAAAAGACACUACGUGAAACAACACCCGACAACUCCGUUGCACAUUUACAAGAUGAACUAAUAGCCAGUAAAUUGCGAGAGGCCGAGGCCAGUCUCUCGUUGAAAGAUCUCAAACAAAGGGUACAGGAAUUAAGUAAUCAAUGGCAAAGGCAAUUGCAGGAGCAACGUAACGAUCACAAUUCCCACCCUGUCGAUUCGACUCCAAAGAAAUUAUUAACCAAUCUCUUCGAUUCGUCGAAAUCCAAUGAACACACCCAAAAGCUGGAAGAAGAACUGAUGACAACCCGCAUUCGUGAAAUGGAAACUCUAACCGAAUUAAAAGAGCUGCGUCUUAAGGUCAUGGAGUUGGAGACACAAGUCCAGGUGUCGACAAAUCAACUGCGUCGUCAGGAUGAAGAGAAUAAGAAAUUGAAAGAGGAAUUGGAUGCAGCUCUAAUGCGUGAAAAGGAGAUGGCCAAUAAGGCCAGGGAACAACAGCAUAGAUACUCUGAUUUGGAAUCUCGCAUGAAGGAUGAAUUAAUGAAUGUUAAAAUUAAAUUCACCGAACAGUCACAAACAGUGGCCGAAUUGAAACAGGAAAUUUCCAGAUUAGAAACUAAGAAUUCUGAAAUGUUGGCCGAAGGUGAACUACGUUCCAAUUUAGAUGAUUCCGAUAAAGUACGUGAUCUGCAGGACAGAAUCGCCGACUUGAAAGCAGAGUUAACAGCAUUAAAAAGUCGAGGAAAAUUCAUACCAGCCUCCAAACUAAGAAGUUCUUCAAUACAAUCCAUUGAAUCGGCCGAAAGUGAUUUCAAUGACAUCAUAAAUAUGCGCAGAGAAAGCACCGAAUUAUCAUCAUAAUAUUUAAAGAAAAUUAAAUAUUAGAAUUAAAACAA